CACACCUUGCUCCCCUCCCCUCCCUCUUUCUCUCUCUCUCUCUCUCUCCCUCUCUCUCUCAUCACUGCUAUUGCUCGGCCACACUGUCAUCAUCCUCGCCCAUUGUUCGCUUCACUGAAAUCAUCUCAAAAUGGACCAUCAGGACCACAUGAAUUCUGGACAGAUGGGUGACUCUCAGCACUCUCUUGGGAACAACAUUGCAUCUGGUGUAGGCAACAUGACCAUCGAUGACAGCCAUCAACAAGACAUUAAGAAUGGGAGAGCAGCACAUAUGGGAAUGGAUGAUGGGCCAGUGAAAGAAGAGUUAACACCCGGAAGCCCGCCCAAGAAUGGCCGGAGCAGUGUGGCAUCAGUGGAUGGGGAGGGAGAGCAAGAGAAUGGGAAAAAGGAGAGCUCUGUCAGCUCAAGAGAGUCUCCAGUGUCUCCACAUCCACUACCGACCACUCUGGCUGAUGAUUUGAGUUCAGGGAUCACAGGUUUUGAAAGCCAGGUGAAGAGGAGUCCCUCAGAAAAGAUGAGCGACCAUCAUAGUGCAAGUGGAUCUGAGGAGGAAGAGAAAGAAGAAAAUGAAAUUGAGAAGUCUGACAGAAUUUUUUCUCCUGGGGUGGAAGAUGCUUCCAAAUGUGCUAUCAACAUAAAAAAAGAUGAGGAAGAGGACAAAGUAGUUAGUGAAGAAGAAGAGGAAGAAACUGGAGUUUCUAACACCCCAGACUUGUCAACCCAGAAAGACUACAUCAUUCAUGAUGAACAUGAAACCCCUACUCAUCUUCGCAUGACCCCAGAGGAAGCUAAAAAACGUGGCCUUUCGUUUGACUACACAGAACCUCAGGAUCCUCAUCAGGGUGGUCCUGUGGGCUGGGAAUGCAGCUCUGACAAAACACCACCAGAAAUCAAGAGCCCCAACUCCUGCAGGGCAGAUCCGGGAUCACCUCUUUCUCUCAGUGCUGCUGCCGACCGUACCCAAGAGGAAUCAUCUCUAACAGACAUCCAAACAGAUGCUCAGGAGGAAGAAGAGGAAGUAGAGGUACCAGAACCUGACCAAGAAGAGGAGGUGACCACCGUUCCUCUGUCUUCCCAAGAAGUUGCUGCACCCAAGAUGGAGCCUAAGGCAGAGGAACAUAGAGAACCUGAAGAAGCAAAAGAGAUCAAGCGGGAUACAUUUUUGGAGACGAGCGAUGGUGACCACAUUGAUACAGAGAAGGUCCAGCCAGUUGACACACCCGAACCUGUUGCCACCAAAGCUAAGGAUGCCGUUAAGCCCAGCGCCCAAGUAAUGCCCACAAAAGCACCAAGCAAAGAAACUCCUGUCAAAGAAUCUCCAGCCAAAAAAACAAAGAAACCCGUUGCUUCAGUUGCUGCUACUCCUUCCCCUAUAUCUGCUCCCAAACUUCAGAAAUCUCCCUCUAAAGAUGCUGCUCCGGCCAGAAAAUCAAGUGUCCCAUCCAAAGCCAAGGCUGGAGCAGGGGCAACUCCAGACAAAAAGCCUGGAGAUGCCAAGACGAAGACAGGGGGUGCCAAACCCCAAGGAGCUGGCACUAAGGUCCCUGCUGCUUCACGGAUGGAGCAGCGAAAGGCAGGACCAGGGUCCAUUGAAAGAGCUGACUCACCUAAAACCCCAGACCGAAGUGGUUGCAGCAGCCCAGCCAGUCGGUCAUCUACCCCUGGACAACAGGUGAAGAAAGUAGCAGUGGUGCGCACCCCUCCUAAAUCACCUAGUUCAUUGAGAUCUCGUGCCCCGAUUGCUCCUGUUGCACCAAUGCCUGACCUGAAGAACGUCAAGUCCAAGAUCGGCUCCACUGAGAACCUCAAACACCAGCCUGGAGGCGGGAAGGUUCAGAUAGUGCACAAAAAGAUCGACCUAAGCAACGUCCAAUCAAAGUGUGGCUCCAAGGCCAACAUUCAUCACAAACCGGGAGGUGGAAAUGUAGAGAUCAAAUCUGAGAAGUUGGACUUCAAAGCCCAGUCAAAGGUUGGAUCUCUGGAGAACAUUGGACAUGUUCCUAAGGGAGGACAGAAGAAGAUUGAGAGCCACAAGCUAAAUUUCCGAGAGCAAGCCAAAGCGCGCACCGACCACGGCGCUGAGAUCGUGUGCCGGUCCCCCGACAUUUCCACGGAUGGAUCGCCCCGCCGUCUCAGCAACGUGUCUUCCUCCGGCAGCAUCAACAUGACCGACUCCCCACAACUGUCCACGCUAGCUGACCAGGUGUCAGCCUCCCUCGCUAAACAAGGCCUGUGAGCCCCCGGCCCAAACGUGUCGGCAAUUGACAAAAUGAAAAAAAAGUUACAAAUGUAUCUCCUUCAGUCCUUUCAAAUAAGGUGCUUGUCGGAUUUCUCCUAACUAAAGGUUGUCCCAUGCAGCGGCUUGUCUGCUUGUGAAAUAAUUUUACGCCUCCUGGCACAGAGAGACAGGUAUUGAUGUUAUUGGCUUAGUAUCAUGAAAAACAACAAAGAAAAAAAUUCAGUUUAAAAGGAGCUGGUGGUGUAUUGAUCCCCAAAUGGUCAUUUACAGCACUGAGUAGCCUGGUUUUGUUCGUUUUAAAACCCGUUUUUUAAAACAACAACAAUGACAUUUGCUUUCAAAGCUGUAUUUGCUUCGUUGCCUUAUUGUGAAUGUUUUUAUUUACCAUAACUUAUGCACUCCUGUUUUGACGUGCAGCAGUAGGGAAAGCAAACAUGCUACAUGGUUUGGAAGGGUGGAGUUUAUGAUACUGGCUAUGAAUUCGAUUGGACAGAAACAUUUCAAACACUCUCUAUAGUGGAAUAGUGGAGGCAUAUUAAAAUGCAAUAGUGGCCUGCUAUAUAAUUAUUUAAAUCAAAGACAUCAGCGGGCUCCAUAGUGCAUGUUUGAUUCUUAAUGAAAGCUGUUAAACUAUCUAAACACCUCAGUUGUGUCUUUGAUCCAAAAUGAAACAGUUAAGACUUAAUGAUAAAUCAUUAUUCAGAUGAGUCUGGGACGCUGUAAUUCUAAUAUCAUAAAUUAGAUAUUUCUGUACCAGAAUUUUGUCUGUGAAUUCUUUAAAACUGCACAUCCUCAUUCAUCUCCACAGCAGAUUCUCAAGGCUUAUCUGUCCUCGGUUGCACUGGAAGAAUGAAUCUUCUUGCUUGGCCUCUAGUGACUCUUUUGACAAAGAAAGCAAAUGUCAAUAUACAAAAAUCAUACAAAACUUUUAAAUAAAGCUGUGUUACGGGGCUCAACAUUAAGGAUUUUUGUUCAGUCGUUCAGUUAUUCACAUUUUAAGCAACAUAUUUUGUGUCUAAAAAUACACAUUUUACUUUUGAGAUUAUCUUUAAAAAAUGAUUUAAUGCAAGUAAAUUAGAAAUGUAAUGCCAUGGAAGCUAUGACAUUUGACGUGUAGCUUUCGUUUGAAAAUAUUUGUAAAACUGUGAUUUUUAUUUUUAGCUAAAUUUAGUCUUAAAAUUAGAGAUGAUGUUUUUAGGAUAAUUUAAUGCAAAUAAUUAAAACAAAUUUUUUUUUUCUAAUUAAUGACAACCAUUUCAGUGCAUCCAAUACAUCACUUGAAGUUUCAGUCUAUAAAACAAGAAUGAUUGUAUUGAUAAAAAAUUAUGAGACCACAUAAAAGAUGUAGUGACGGCCUUAAACCGGCCCCGGAUCACAUUGUCAUCCUUAUUGUUGAGCUCUGAAGUAGUUUGCCCUGCACAAGCCCCAUCAAACUGAUAUCACUCGGUACAUUCUCUCAUCGUUUCCUUUAACUCAUCUCUGUACGGUCACAAUGCUUCUGUAUUGAUGGAUUUCAGCUUCUGUAUAUAAAAUACUGUUUCAAAGAAUGUUUGUAUGGACCAAUGCAAAAGACUUGAGAGGAUUUCAAAGCACUCAUAAAAUAACUAACAUCAUAUCGGAAAUCUCAUAUUGGGAACAGACAGCUGAAAAGUGGCACCCGGUGUCCUUCAGCUGCAUUUGAGAAAACAACGGUCUGCGUUUUAAAGAUUGUCUGUGGUCUAAGAUGGAUUGAGUCAUGUCAUCCAGUGUUGAUUUAUUUGUUGCAGGACGUUUAACACAUCAGCCAAGCUCCCCUCAGUACUAAAGCCUUCAAUCCAAAGCACAACACUCUCACGCUGCACAUUCCCAGCAUGCAAUGGACUUCACCCAUGGUCUUGAAUAUAGUAACCAGUCACCACAUCCCCGUCCAACUGUUUAGAAAACCACCUUUACUAGAGCGUUUUAGUCACCUUAAAACAUGCAAAGAAAGAGGGAAAAAGUGGAAGAUUAAAGGAAUUAAGCUACCUGCUAAAAUACAGGUUUAUGUUGCACACUUCUUUUUCUAAUAGUAUUGUGUAGACGAUGUAAAAGAUGUACGAAUGUGUUCAGAGGAUCUGACACUAAGCCUUUUAUUUAAUAUCCGCAUUGCAUUUGCAGCUUUAUGCUCAUUUGAAAGUGAAUGCACUGAGCUGCCUUUACACAAACUACAUUACUCAUUUAGAUGUACAUUUAGAAAGGGGUAUAAUAAGUAAAAUAGGGGGAAAUAUGCAUCCAGCAUCCACAAUACGAGUAAAGGACUUGACUAGUACCACAUGCAUCUCUCUCACGUGACUCUGAGAAGCUUUAGACGGAUUGCUGUAAACCCAACACUGUAGCAGUCCUUUGAACAGCAUGCUCCGAACAUAAACCUGAGCAUUUAGACGUGUGGGAUAAGCUGAAGAGCAGAAUUAUCAGAUAAAAUGUUUAAAAACGGCAUUGGAUAAGGCCAUUAGCUGCGUUUCAGACUGUUCUGUCAUGUGUUGACCGCUCGAGAGGUCUCUCUCUAUCUCUCCUCAGUUUAAUUUCCCGCCUCUGCUCCUCCCUUCUCAUUGCAGUUCUUCAUUCUAGCUUGACCGUUGUGAUUGUCGUUAUCGUAAUGUGUUUUAUUAAUUGGUUUACAUUGAUACUCCUUGCUGUAAACGUGAAUUUGGAAAUAAAGUCCGUAUUAAACUG